CUUUAUUCUCUAUCAGUCGAUUGAAGGCGUUAGUGUGUCAUAGUUUAUUAGUUGCUUGUGCUCGAGGCGUCACUUUGUAUCAUGUAAAUAGCUGCGGCGUUUUACAGCUAUUUAUUGGUGUUAAUAUACGAUCAUAAAAAAAAAGUUUGACGCAUAAUUUGUGAUCUGAGGAAUUUGAGCCUGCUGUUUCAACUAAGCUUUUAAGAACACGAAUAUGGGUGUAUCGGAGGCAGGUUGUUCUACCAGUUCUGAGUUGUCCAUCAUUGAGGCGGAGAGGCCGCCAUCCGGCAGCGGCGAGGAGGAAGACAUGCCGCGGAGGAAACAACGUCGCUAUAGAACCACAUUCACCAGUUACCAACUAGAUGAGCUGGAGAAAGCUUUUGGUCGUACACAUUAUCCUGAUGUAUUCUCAAGGGAAGAACUUGCUUUGAAAAUAGGACUAACGGAAGCUAGAAUUCAGGUGUGGUUCCAAAACCGUCGCGCAAAGUGGCGUAAACAGGAGAAGGUGGGUCCUCACGCGCACCCGUACGGUGGCUACCUAACCGGAGCGCACGCGCAGCCGCUGCCUACAUCUGCAACACUCCCGCAGCCGCACUCGGCACAUCCUUUGGCACACCUCGGUUUCGGGUUGAGGAAACCAUUUGAUAGCGCACUUGCCUCUUUCAGGUACGCAAGCAAUCCUCUAUUCAGCGCGCAGUACCUCCCGCCGCUGUCACGUCCGCCGCUCUUCGGUGCUCCGCUGUACGCUACCUCGCCCGCUCACUUUCACUCGCUCUUCGCUAACCUAACCGUACCCGAACCGCGUCUCUCGCCCGAACACUCCCGACUAUCUCCGGAGGUAACCCGCUCUCCCGCGCCUUCCAUAUCUCCUCCGAUAUCGCCGGGAAGUGAAACAUUGCCUCCACACGCGGCAAUGGAUGACGUGCGAAGUUCAAGUAUCGCUGCAUUAAGGCUCGCAGCAAGGGAACACGAGAUAAGAUUGGAACUACUGAGGCAGAGAGCCGAUCUGAUUUGUUGAACAGCUACCGUAAUCUUGUAUUGAAUUGAUUACGUAAAGGCUCGAUCACUAAUGUAGUUUUUGUUAAAACCUCUGCAGUACAGAUUUAUCAAAGUUUUAGGUUUCUCGCUUAUCAAUGUUCGACUGUAGAUUAUUGUAAACUCAUGCCUUUAAAUACUUUGUUUUCUAAUUGUAAAUACUACUGUUAUAGAGUCUUUGGUAAUUAAAUGUAUAUGUAAUCAGAUGUAGGUCCGUAUGUUUGUACAUUUAUAACUAUGCAGUAUUUUUGUUUUAUAUUAUUUGUUAUUAAGGAAAUAGAC